CCGCGGAACCGGCCGAGCGGCCGGGGCGCGGCGCGGCGCGGGGACGCGCGCAGGCCUGGCGGCGGCGGGACGAGGAGUUGCUGUCCAGAACUGGAGGCAGAGCUGGAGCUGACCCACUGGAGGAGCUGGCAGACCCCGGCCCGGCACAGCCAGAGCACCAGCAGCAGCUAGUGUUGGGGAAGCUGCUCCCACAGCUUCUUUUUGCUGCUGCCACGCACCUUCUGCUGGGGUCUCAACAUGGAGCACGGUGCCUCCUCCGUACCUGGUGCGUUGCCGUACUACGUGGCUUUCUCCCAGCUGCUGGGCCUCACCGUGGUGGCUGUGACUGGUGCGUGGCUGGGUCUCUACCGAGGUGGUAUUGCCUGGGAAAGCUCUCUGCAGUUUAACGUGCACCCGCUCUGCAUGGUCAUAGGCAUGAUCUUCCUGCAAGGAGAUGCUCUGCUGGUGUACCGUGUCUUCAGAAAAGAAGCCAAACGCACGACCAAGAUCCUGCAUGGACUGCUCCAUGUUGCUGCCUUCAUCAUCGCCCUGGUGGGCUUGGUGGCCGUGUUCGACUACCACAGGAAGAAGGGCUACACUGACCUGUACAGCUUGCACAGCUGGUGUGGGAUCACAGUCUUUAUUCUGUACUUUGUGCAGUGGUUCAUGGGUUUCAGCUUCUUCCUGUUCCCCGGAGCUUCAUUCUCUCUGCGGAGCCGUUACCGCCCCCAGCACAUCUUCUUCGGGGCCGUCAUUUUCCUCCUUUCUGUGGGCACAGCCCUCCUGGGCCUGAAGGAGGCCCUGCUCUUCAAACUCGGGACCAAGUACAGCACGUUUGAACCUGAGGGGCUCCUGGCCAACGUGCUGGGCCUGCUGCUCGUCUGCUUUGGGGUGGUUGUGCUCUACAUCUUGGCUCAAGCUGACUGGAAGCGGCCUUCCCAGGCUGAAGAGCAAGCCCUCUCCAUGGACUUCAAGACCCUGACAGAGGGAGACAGCCCCAGUCCCCAGUGAUGGCCUUGGGUGGUCCUCCUGGUUCUGUGGGUUCCCAGAUGUCUUUCUGUUCCUCCCUGCAGAACCUGAGUCUUUAGGUCCGGGAGUGCGGGGCAGUGAUGUUAGUUUAGUGGGGUUCCAUGUUUUGGGGUUGUCCUCUGCUUUCCCUUUCUCGCUUAUGGCUUUUGAUGCAUCCUGUGAGCCCUGUGUAGGCCCUGCCUGUACCCCCUGUUGCCCUUCCACAUGCAGAAAGCUUAGUCAGGGGUUCUGGGGGUCAAGCCUGGUCUUGAUCCUUAGGGGAGCCCCACCCUCCAGGCAGCAGAUGGCUGGGGCUGGGCCUGAGGAACUGGCAUGGAAAACCAAGACUGUUGCUUGUGUAUUCAACCCUGGAGUCCCAGCAGCUCGGAAGCACGUGUCCUUGGCAGUAGAGCAAGUGAUAUUAUGUGUAAAGUAUGCUGGUGUUCAGAAUAAGGUCCCCCAGAAGGGCUGAGUGUGUCCCGAAGGAGCCAAGCCACAGUCGCAGACCUUUCUGUUCUUUAAUCCCCGAGUCCCAAAUAGGCUUUUCAGGGAAGGCGUUAGGUGCUCAGAAUGCAGAUAUGUACCUGCCCUGAGGGCAGGCUGCUGGCGGUGAGGGGCCUCCUGACCUCCAGCUGCCCUGACAGUUCCUCCCUCCAACAGGGGCUGAGCCUGCUCAGGCUGGCCUGCAGAAGGAAACCAGGGCUCAGCCUGCUGUUUGUCUUGCUCUCCAGGGGGCUGCUGGGGUGCCUGGCUUGGCUGGAGGAUUACUGUCCUCCCACACCCGGGUCCAUCUUCGCAGGACAACAGGACUGGAGUAGAGGAAUGGGAUUUGUCUCCCGUGGUGUCUGCUCACAGCUUCAACCCCCACUGUGUUGUGUUGUUAGCUGAGUCACUGUUUGGCUUGAGUCUAGAAAUAAUGUGAUUAGAGCAUUGAUCUCAUGCUUCUUGGGCUUAGCACAGGCUCUCUCUCCUCUCCAGGAGCCUCACGGUUUGUGACAGACACAGUUAACCUAACGGGAAAUGAGCAGUUUCUGAACCUGACAAUUUCUUCAGGUCAACAGGCUGGUCUUCUGUCAGAUUUCUAAGAACUAUGCUUCAGGUGAUGUCUCUUUCCCCAGCUGGGGUAGAGGCCCUCUCCCUGGGGCUGCCCAUCACCCUGGCCUCCUCUUGCAUCUCUCCAGUUGCAGGGAUGAUGAGGUUUCCCUCCAGUGUCGACUGCAUCUGCUGCAAGGAUAGGGAUCUUAUCAAUUCUUUCAUCAGCCGGCACACUUGUAUAGUCAAAUGUUUACAUGUGGGAGACUGGUCCUUAGACAGAGCACUGAGUACCAUUGUGAAUCUCCCUUGCCAGACUACACAGAAAAUUACAACUUCGAGAGCCUGUAAACUAGUCUUUUUGCCAAAGUGUGUGAUGCAUGACUAAGGACCAAAGAAGGCCCCUAGCAGAUGUGUGCGGUUUCUUCUGUUUGCCUGUGGCCUGUCUCUUGUGACGUACAGAGUGUUGUUGGUGCAACAGAUGAAUCAAUAAAUGUCUACAGCAGACCACUUGCCUUCUGUUCUCAUUUGCCGAGGCAAGAAAAGGAUCCAAAGCUUUAAGCUGUCAGAUUCAUGAAAUUAGUUCUACUAGAGAUGAGAGAAAUUGUCCCCAGAGUGAGCACAGCAGAUAAAGUGACUGACAGGUUCUCAGCACAGGACUGACAUGUCUCUGUGGUGGUGAGGUUUGGCCCCAGUGGAGGGGAUCCUGAAGGGCUCUAGCAGGCCUGAGCAUGGCAAACAUGGCACCCCCAUUUUUUGUCUUACCUUUCUCCCCCAUUCCCUCUUCCUUGCUAAACUGUAGAUUCCAUUCCUAAAGCCGGCACCAAGGUCUAUUUCCAUAUUUGGUCACGUCUUCCUCCUGAGGCUAACCACUGAAGUCCAGCCAUCAAAGCAUUGAAGUCCAGCAAUCAAAAAUCCCCUUUUGGCUCAUCUAAUUAACAUGCUCAGUCAAAAUAAACCAACUCAUCCUAACACAGUGUUUCCCCUGUACCUUUAUAAACCGCCAUUUGCUCAUGGGCCAUAUCUGUCUCCUCUCUAUCCAAACGCAGUCCUUUGUCCCUCCAGGGCAAGUACCCUUUCCCCCUCUCCCUGUUCCCUUCCCCUUCUCCCUGGUCCUCUGUCUCCUGUCUUUGUCUCUUAUCCCUGCCCUCUGUCCCUCUGGGGCAAAUAAAUCUCUGUGCUGAGAA